AUGGAAAAGAAAAUGGCAAUUAGUAUGCUAAUGGUGAGUGAAAUGCGUAAUACUACAGAGAGCUUAAGUUCCAGUGAAACGGAUUGGAACAGUAGUAUUUCUAUUAGCAAUACAUCUUCAAGUAGUGAAGAAAAUGAUAGUUAUUUAAUGUUAUUUCCUUUAUUAAAAUAUUUAACUAAUGGACGUAAGAGACAUCGAAUUGAACAUUAUCUUUAUAUUGUGGAUAGCUGCACAGAUUUGGAAUUUAAGGAGCAUUUGCGAGUUAAGCGUACCACUGCAAAUCAAUUAAUAGAAUUACAAGAAUUUAUUCCCACGCAUUUAUUUGGAGUAAAACCAAUUGAAGCAAAACUCAGUUUUCUUAUAUUUUUGUGGCACUUAGCAAACACAGAACCUUUGCGGACAAUAUCAGAUAGAUUUGACGUUUCAAUUUCAUCUGUUUUUCGAAUAAUUCGUCGAGUUACAGCUUGGAUUUUGACAAAAUUAGAUAAUGUUAUCAAAUGGCCUCAAGAACAACAGGUUGUAUAUAUUUGUCAUGAAUUUGAAACUAAGAGAAGCAUACGAAAUAUAAUAGGAGUAAUUGAUUCCACUCAUAUUAGAAUAGAAAAACCUAAUAUCGAAAAUGUAAGAGACUAUUGUAACCGCAAAAAAUAUUUCUCUGUAAAUCUGCAAGCUGUUGUAGAUGCGAGUAUGAAAUUCACGAAUAUAUACUGUGGUCAACCUGGUUCUUUCCAUGACGCACGAGUGUUGAGAAAAUCUGCAUUAUACAAUGUAGCUAAUGAACAUGAAGAAGAAAUGUUUUCAAAUGACACGUUUAUAAUCGAAGAUAUAAACUGCAUAUCCAUCAUUGCAGUGGCUUGUUCCUCCUUUUCGUGA